AUGAUCACAAAAAACAACUCGCUUCUUGCGCCAUACCUGAAGCUUUCACAGGGUGGAAAAGUCGCCGCUGAAUAUGUUUGGCUCGACGCUUGCGGUGUGCCUCGGUCCAAGACUACGACUUGCAACGGCCCUAUCAAGUCGCUUGCGGAUCUUAAGGAAUGGAACUUUGACGGCUCGUCCACUGGCCAGGCUCCGGGCGAGAACUCUGAUAUCUACCUACGCCCUGUUGCUUAUUUCCCUGAUCCAUUCCGUGGUGGCGAUAACGUCUUGGUCCUUGCCGAAUGUUACAACAAUGACGGCACUCCGAACAAGGCCAACUUCCGUCACAAUGCUGUCAAGAUCUUCGAGCAUUGCAAGGAUCAACAUUGCUGGUUCGGUAUUGAGCAGGAGUACUCGCUCAUGGGUGCCGAUGGUAGGCCGUUCGGCUGGCCUGUAGGCGGCUUCCCUGGUCCUCAGGGCCCUUACUACUGUGGUGUCGGAUCGGGCCGUGUGGUUGGUCGUGACAUCGUUGAAGCUCACUACCGUGCUUGUCUUUACGCUGGUAUCAACCACUCUGGUAUCAAUGCGGAAGUGAUGCCGUCGCAGUGGGAGUUCCAAGUUGGUCCAUGCGAAGGCAUUGAGAUGGGUGACCAUCUGACGAUGGCUCGUUUCCUCUUGCACCGCAUUGCGGAAGAUUGGGGUGUGAGCGUUUCGAUGCACCCGAAGGCUGUACCAGGUGAGUGGAAUGGCGCUGGCUGUCACACAAACUUCUCGACGGAGGCUAUGCGUAACGAAGGUGGUAUCAAGGCGAUUGAGGCCGCUAUUGAGCGUCUCGGCAAGCGCCACCAAGAGCACAUUGCUGUCUACGGUGAGGACAAUGAUAUGCGUCUCACUGGUCGCCAAGAGACAGGUCAUAUUGGACAAUUCUCCGCAGGUGUUGCGAACCGUGGUGCUUCGAUCCGUAUCCCGCGUCAUGUCGCUGCGCAGGGUCAUGGUUACCUGGAGGACCGUCGUCCCGCAUCGAACAUUGACCCAUACCGUGUCACAGGCAUCAUCGCAGAGACAGUCUGCCUCAACCCGUAA